AUGAAAACCAGGGGAGCUCUCAAGAAGAAAGCAAACAUAGCACUGAUUUCCCAGAUUGAACCAAAGAAAAUAGAGGAAGCUCUAAAAGACUCAAGCUGGUUACAGGCAAUGCAGGAAGAGCUAGAUCAAUUUGACAAAAAUCAAGUGUGGAAACUGCUGCCUAAGCCUGAAAAUGCUCCUGUAAUUGGAACAAAAUGGGUUUUCAGAAAUAAGCUAAAUAAGGAUGGAAAGGUUGUGAGAGACAAAGCCAGAUUAGUAGCUGAAGGAUACACACAACAGGAAGGAGUCGACAAUGACGAAACCUUUGCUCCAGUAGCUCGACUAGAAUCAAUAUGA